AUGGCCUCAGUGUUUACUUUGAGAAGGAUGAUGAAGCACUUUGAAGAAGUGUCUGGUUUAGCAGUGAAUAAGGAUAAGUCUGAGGCAAGGUUAUCUUCCUUUUACUUAUUUAGGACUUCUAUCUCUGAUAAGGGGCUAAAGCAAUUGGAUUGUAUACCUUUGAUGGAUAAGGUCAUGUCUGCAACUACAAGAUGGGCUGGUAUGAAUACAUCUAUGGCAGGUCGAAUUGAGUUAUUAAGGGCUGUGAUUACUCCUAUGGUAACAUCUCCAAAAACUGAAGGUGGUUUUGGCUUAAGGCGGAUUCUUGACAUUGACAAAGCUGCUAUAUGUUAUUUGGCCUGGGAUUUCCUUCUUUCUAAAGAUAGGUUGUGGGUAGCAUGGUUUAAGCACUGUAAUUUAAGGGAUGCUUCCUACUGGUCUGUCAUUCCUAAAUUAACUCACUCUACCAUUUGGACGAGUAUUGUAGCCGUCAGGGAAAUUCUGAGGGAGAAUUGCUCUUAUCAUAUUGGUAACGGUGCUUUGAUUCAAAAGUUUUUGGAUCCGUGGUGUGGAGGUCAAUUUUUAUCAGAGGUUGUUGGUAUUCCACUUCAAGUUCAACAAUUCAUGCAGCAAUUCAGGAUCUAUGGUGGUGCUGAUCAGAUUUUAUGGAAUCAUAAACCUUUUACUUUUAAAGAUGCUUGGGAUGCCUGUAGGGAAUCUAAUUAUGAGGUUUCGUGGUUUGGUUUGGUGUGGAAUGGUGGUAGACCACGAUGGUCUAUCUUUAGUGCUCUGAUUAUUCAGAAUGCCAUUAUGACUGGUGCAAAUUUGCAGCGACGAGGUAUCUCUUUAGCUUCUAGAUGCUGUCUGUGUUGCAAUUAUGACGAACAUGUUGAUCACAUGUUUGUGAAUUUUGUUUAUUCUUGGGAGGUUUGGUGUGGUUUGGCUGGUAUGUUUCAUUGGAGGGUUCGGAAAAGUGAGCUUAGUUCCUUUGCUGCAAAUUUGGAGCAACAAUUUUGA